AUGGAAAUGCAAAAGGAAAAGAGAAAAGCUUUACCGAUUCUUCCCGUUGAUUUAGAGAUAGAAAUACUGUCAAGAUUGCCUGCAAAAUCUGUGGUGAGGUUUCGUAGCAUGUCGAAACUGUGGUCAUCCAUCACCACCACUCCCCAUUUCAUCAAGUCUUUCAAUGUCCACUCGUCUGCUCGGCCGUCUCUUCUGCGUGUCUUAGAAGAUGGGAUGGAGCGGGUCUUCUUCUCGUUCCCCUAUCACCAGGACCCCCAAAACCGUUACACUCCGGUGGAAAAAUAUCAUAUGCUGACCUCCUCCGAACUUGUAGGUGCUUUCGGUGGAGAUCAUCCCUUCCCCUUUCCCAUCACCUAUAGAAUUUUAAACUCUAUCAACGGCUUGAUGCUCUCUACUAAUAAUAUAUAUACCAUCACCGUUUGGAAUCCGUCCUUGAGACAACAUGUCAAAUUACCGGAAAUUAAAUUCCAUUUCGACUCCCCACUACUAUGCUAUCUCGGAUACGAUCCCAUCGACCAAAAGUAUAAAGUGUUGGCUAUGUCUUGUAAUAAAUAUUCUCCGGGCGGAAACAUUAGAGUUCUUACGUUGGGAGCUCAAGAAUCGUGGAGAGUCAUCAAAGUUCCCUCUGGCAUUUCCCAAGACCAAGACGACAUACCCUUGAAACACUCCAUCAAGUCGGGUGUUAUAUAUAGUGAGAGUCUUGUCCAAGGUGGAAUAUGCAUCAACGGAGUUGUUUAUUUUCAUGAGAUCCUUAGUAAUUUUAUUAUGAGUUUUAAUGUCAGAUCAGAAACAUUUGAUACAAUCAAAAAACCCGAUGGUGCAUGUGGUCGUCUUGACAGAUAUGUCAUCACAUAUGCUCUGAUAAACUACCAAGGAAAGUUAGCUUGGAUUUGUUGUCGCAGCAACAGAUUAUGGGUUCUUGAAGAAGCCAAAAGCAAAUUAGAUUGGUCGUUGAGCUACUUAAACCCUCUUAAUCGUGAUCCUUCCACUGAUGAUGAUGAUCAAAUGAUUCACUCCUCCAAACACUAUUUUAGUGGUGUCACUCAUGCGCAUGAAGUUAUUUAUAUGCCUAAAAAUAAAAAGAAACCGUUUUGUGCUUUGUAUCAUGAUCUCAAAAGUAACAGCACAAGACAAGUUGCUUACCAAGAAAUUAACCACAAGUGGUCUUACUGUGAUGACUAUGGGAGUCCGGGCUUCAAGGAGAUGUUUAACUAUGACUAUUUUCCCAAUCACAUCGAGAAUAUAAUGUCUCUGAAGAGCCUUGGUUUAGCUGAUUCUUAA